AUGUGCAAAGAUUCAGUGGUUGCUUUGACAUCGGAGUCUUUUAGCGGACUUGCCGACAAAAGUUGUAUGAGCCCGGGCCAGUGCCUCUCGUCCGUCCUCCUCGCGGCCCUGGCGGAGCGCCGGCUGGCCGUAGGGCUCCCGGCGGCCGUGCGCCACCUGCGGGCCGGGCGCGAGGCCCUGUUCGUGGUGACGGUGGGCGCCUCGCCCUCCGCAGACAGCGCCACUCACCUGCUGGCCGUCCUGCUGCGCGCCUUCUGUGCCGAGCACCACAUCCGCGUGCUCGAGGUGGACUCGGACUGUAAGCUGAAGCGUCUGCUGGGCGUGUCGAGCUGCGAGCCGCUGGGCUGCGUGCUGGUCCGCUCGCCGUACGCGGACCCCUUCAGGGACCUCUCUGUCUCUGUCCCUCCUCUGUGUGUCUCUCCCGCCGAGCGGAGCCUGCUGGCUCUGUGUACGGAGGGCGCCGCGCCGCCCCUGGUGCGUCUGCCGGACAAGUGA